AUGGAUCAGCCAGGAAGCUCGCCGGUGCCCCUCGGGCCCCUCAACUCCAAACGCUGUCAUGAAGUGAACACAUACCCAGGACUUCAACAGCAGCAGCAAGUAGCAGCCGUAGCAGAAGCAGCAGCAGCGGCAGCAUUAGUCGGUGCUGCCGCGGGAAUGGCAGCUGCUGCUGCGCCAGAGGAAGACCCCGCUUCUCCUGUUACAGCAACAGUUCAGUCCUCAUCAGCAGCACCAGAUGCAGAAGAGGAACCAGCACCAGCAGAUGCAGUAAACCGAAGCUUCGAAGCUGUGAGAGGAGGCAGAAGGAGGUCAACAUUAACUCUCGCUGAACUUCCGAAGCGUGUGCUUGAUUGUCAGUACGCGGUCAGGGGGCCCACGGUGGAGCUGGCUCGUCAGCUGUCUCUGCGUCUGGCAGAGGGUCACAACGACUUGCCUUUCAAGCGUCUAAUCUACGUUAACAUCGGAGACCCCCAGGCACUAGGGCAGCCACCCAUAUCCUUUUUCAGACAAGUGCUUGCCUGCCUGAUGUAUCCCCCUUUAAUGGGCUUAUCGUUGCACUCCAACGCCUUCUGCCGAACUGCAUCUAUGGAAGAAACAUCUCCGCAAGAACCGGUAUCUUCGGAGUUCUCUGAAACUACGCAUGAGAGCCCCACCUGCUGUACCUUUCAUUCGAAUCCCCCUGCCCGUCCCUCUGAGAAUCAUUCGAAUCCUCCUGCCAGUCCCUCUGGGAAUCGUGUUGGCGCCUGUGGCGGAGGUUCCCUUGGAAACCGCCCUGAUUGUCAUUCUCAAAACGCUGAGGAGCGUGGGGCUUUAGAUUUUUGCCCGUCCGCCUUCCGUGUGCCAUUUCCUGAAGAUGUGACGAAGAAGGCAAGGGAAUAUUUGGCUUCUGUGGGGUCCGUUGGGGCCUAUUCGCAUUCCCAAGGCGUAAGGGAGCUUCGUGAGAUAAUUGCUACCUGGUUCGGAGAGAGGGAUGGAGUGCCUGCCAGCCCAGAUGAUCUGUUUCUGACAGACGGAGCCUCUGCGGCAGUCGCUCGCAUUAUAGAAGUUCUAUAUAGGGGUCCGGAAGACGGCCUCUUGAUUCCCAUCCCACAGUACCCACUCUACGCGGGACUUCUUACCAGAAUCGGCGCCACUACUGUCGGCUACUAUCUCGACGAAGAAAGGGGCUGGGCCUUAGAUGUGGGAGAAGUAGAAAGUGCCUUGAAAACGGCUCGACAGAAAGGAAUAAACGUCAGAGGCAUUGUAAUUAUCAACCCCGGAAACCCAACAGGGCAGCUCAUUAAAGAGCAGCAACUCAAAGAGGUCGUGCAACUCUGUCACCGCGAGAGCCUCGUGCUGCUAGCAGAUGAAGUCUACCAAGAAAACGUAUAUGGGGAUAGUCCCUUUGUCUCGCUUAGGAAGAUUGUGAUGCAACAGCAAGUGGACGUGCCUUUGUUUUCGCUGCACAGCAGCAGCAAGGGCUUGGUGGGAGAGUGCGGCUUCCGCGGGGGUUGCGUGCUGAUAGAAAACGUCGAGGACGCCGUGAAGCAGCAGCUCUAUAAGCUGUCAUCAAUGUCUUUGUGUUCAAACUUGUUUGGCCAGCUAAUGAUGACAAAUCUGUGCAAUCCGCCGAGGCCAGGAGAUCCAUCUUAUCCCUCUUUUAUCAAAGAGAAAGAAUCAAUAUACAGAACCACUAGAAGAAAAGCAGACACGGUGUACAGGCACCUCAACGCUGUCCCAGGCAUAUCAUGCCAGCGAAUCGAAGGCAGUGUCUUUGGAUUUCCCAGAAUCGAAUUGCCCAAGAGGGCACAGGAUGCUGCCGCUGCAGGGAUGUUGGCGCCAGAUUUAUUCUUCUGCAUGGAGUUGUUAAAGGCAACGGGUAUUGUGGGCGUGGCGGGAAGCGGUUUCGGCCAGCGUGAGGGGACUUUUCAUGUUCGCAUUUGUAUUCUGCCGGAUGAGGCCUUACUUACGGAAAUGAUACAGAAGUUCAAAACAUUCUACAUGAAAUUCAUCGAAAGGUACAAGGACUGA